CUUCUCCCUUCUCCCAGCGGAAAUGGCUUUGCUCACUUCACUCUCCCUUGCACCUUCUCCACUGCAAUCUUCGACGCAUUUUUAUGAUGACGUCAAGCUCCUGUCGUCAUCUUCUUCGCUCUCCGGCACCCACCUCACUUCCCUCCACCUUUCUCCCUCUGAUAAAAAUUCCAACUUUCAUAAGAGGCUUGUGAUAUCUGCGAAAAGAAUAUCGGGUUUGGAAGAGGCCAUAAGAAUUAGAAGGGAGCGUGAACUUCUUGGUUCUUCUAAUAAUCCUAAGAGAAGGCUGCCUUUAAAGCGAGGGCGGGUAUCACCACGGCUUCCUGUGCCAGAUCACAUACUGAAGCCCCCUUAUGUAGGCUCAAGAGAGUUGCCAGAGAUUGCAAAUGAACAUCAAAUUCAUGAUGCUGAAGGAAUUGCUCAUAUGAGAGCAGCAGGUGAGCUUGCUGCCCGGGUGCUAGAGCAUGCAGGAACAUUGGUUAGGCCAUCAGUAACGACAAAUGAAAUAGAUAAAGCCGUACACCAAAUGAUUAUUGAUGCUGGUGCUUACCCUUCACCUCUGGGCUAUGGGGGUUUUCCUAAAAGUGUGUGUACAUCGGUCAAUGAGUGUAUGUGCCAUGGAAUACCUGACUCUCGCCAGCUACGGGAUGGUGACAUAAUAAACAUUGACGUGACAGUAUACUUGAAUGGUUAUCAUGGAGACACAUCAAAAACCUUCUUUUGUGGCAAUGUCAGUGAGUCCAUGAAACGACUUGUGAAGGUGACUGAGGAGUGCUUGUAUAGAGGAAUUGAUGCUUGUCAAGAUGGUGCCCUGUUUAGGAAAAUUGGGAAGAAAAUCAGUGAACAUGCAGAAAGGUUUGGGUAUGGCAUUGUGGAUCGUUUUGUUGGACAUGGUGUUGGGACCAUAUUUCAUUCUGAGCCACUCAUACUUCAUCACCGUAAUGACAAGUCUGGUUGCAUGGUUGAGGGACAAACAUUUACAAUUGAACCAAUUCUUACACUGGGAAGCACAGAGUGUAUAACCUGGGAAGAUAACUGGACAACUCUGACAGCCGAUGGAAGCCCCGCUGCACAAUUUGAGCACACGAUUCUGAUUACAAAGACUGGCGCUGAAAUUUUAACGAAAUGCUAACCCGGGUCAGAUUCAGUUUUAUUAGUAGUCGAGGGUGGUUAUAGCGUAAAUGCUGCAUUGCUUUCUCGUCGAAUUUAGUACAGGCAGAAUCAAAUGAGCAGCUGCACCACAUAAACUUGCACGCGAUGAAGUACAGACAAAUGAAAUGCACCUAGAUAGACACAUGCUAAAUGUACAAUGUUGGUGAUUCCUGUUGCACCAGAAUCCGGAUAUGGAUUGAACAUUAUAUCUUCUGAAGAUUCACAUGUUUGUAAUUCAUUUAAUGAGUAGUUGGUGUUUGUUAAGGUUUAUUUAAUGACAAGUUGGCAAUAUGUAUGACGAUGAGUUGUGUCUAGUAAGAUGACAAUUGAUUGGAGUUGCGUAA